AUGUCCACACGACCUCCUUUCACGUCAAAAACGGCUUGGGAAGCCCUCGGUAUAGAGUCCGGCGAGGAGGUGGACGAUGAAGAGUACCUCGAUGAUGCCCCCGCGUCUCAACCUGAGAGCGGUACCGAGUCGAACGUGAAGCUGUCCAAGAGCGCGAUCAAAAAGCAGAAGGCCCUCGCGCGCGCCGAGAAACGUCAGCAGGAGAAGGCCGCUCGCGCUGCUGCACGAGCUCAGAAAGCCGACGUCGCGCCCCCUUCCCCUGCUGUCUCGCCCCCACAUGCUUCCACCCCUCUUGUUGCAUCCGAGCCAGUCAUUACCGACGCGCUUGAUGUUUCCCCAACCCCUCCAGCAGAGAAGGCCGCUGAGCUUGCCCCCGCGGUCACCCCUGCCCCCACAUCCGUGGUUUCCAAGCCUGUCUCAAACGGCGCUGCAUAUCCAGCGACGAAGGCGAACGGUUCUGCUCCCCGCGACCCACCUGCAGAGACGACUCCCGCGCCGGCUGCAGUGCCGUCCGUGAAGCCGCUCACGCCAGCGAGCGAACCCGCUGCGCCUGCGUCAUCGGAGAAAGACGCCCAUGUCGUGCGGAGACCAGACAUCGAGAGCCCUCCGGAGAAGGCACCGACGGUCGAGGACAGUGAGAAGGUGAAGAAGAGGCAGAGCUUCAUCACCCGCACGCUUUGGACAUUCAUCAUGAUUGGAGGGUUUAUCACUCUCCUGCUCAUGGGUCACGCCUACAUGAUCAUGCUUGUCAUGCUUUGCCAGGCUGUCGUUUACCGGGAAGUCACAGCCCUCUUCUCUUUGAAGCGAAAAGUUGGUGGAGAGACGGAUCUUCGGGGGCGCGAUCCUUGGAGCAAGACACUCAACUGGUACUUCUUCGUUGUCACGAACUACUUCUUGUACGGUGAGAGCAUCAUCUACUACUUUAAGCACGUUGUGUUCUCCAACGCCCAGCUUACGCCAUUCGCGACAAACCAUCGUUUUGCGAGUUUCUCGCUGUACUUGAUUGGUUUCGUCGGGUUUGUGCUCUCGCUCAAGCGAGGAUACCUGAAGCAGCAAUUUGGUCUGUUCUGCUGGGUGCACAUGAGUCUACUCAUGAUUGUGGUGUCUAGUCACUUCAUCGUGAACAACAUUCUUGAGGGCCUCAUCUGGUUCUGGGUCCCGGCGUCGCUUGUCAUUUGCAACGACGUUUUCGCCUACAUCUGGGGGAUCACGGUCGGACGGACUCCCCUCAUCAAACUGUCGCCCAAGAAGACGGUGGAAGGGUUUAUCGGCGCGUUCUUCAGCACGAUCAUCUUCGGUCUCCUCUGGGGCACGUAUUUCAUGCGCUUCGACUACAUGAUAUGCCCCGUGCGCGACCUUGGCGUUAGUGCGUUUGGCGGAGAGCUCCACUGCAAGCCCAACCCGAUCUUCGUCUGGCAUGAAUGGGUCAUGCCCCUGGAGCUCCGCACGGUCGUCAGCCCGCUCCUUGGCUCAAAUGUGACCACGAUCCCGUACGUUCCGUACCAGCCGCAUCUCCUCGUGCUCUCCUGCUUCGCGUCGCUGGUCGCGCCCUUCGGCGGGUUCUUCGCAUCUGGUUUCAAGCGCGCCUUCGACAUCAAGGACUUCGGCCACAGCAUCCCUGGUCAUGGUGGUAUGACGGACCGGAUGGACUGCCAGUUCCUCAUGGGUAUCUUCACCUACGUCUACUAUAGCAGCCUCAUCCGUCAAAACAACGUUACUGUGGGCUCCGUCCUUCAAACGAUCGUUGGCGGCCUCACGGUACAGGAGCAGCUUGAGCUGUUGGGUGAUCUCAAGCGCCUGAUCGAGAGUCAAGGAAUUGUAGUGAAUCUAUGA